AUGGUCACGGGGCCUGGGGGAACCCCUUUACAAGUCCUCGCCCUAAAUCUGGAAGAAGAAUACCGCCUUUUCGAGCCUGAGCCCCCUGAAGAACCACCGGGUGAGAUGCAGGACUGGCUAGACAGGUUUCCACAGCAUCCGGCGGCUAAUAGACCAGGGAGUGCUCAAACCCUGCCGAUCUCCCUGGAAUACUCCCCUCUUACCCGUCAAGAAACCAGGAGCCGGACCGAAUGCUUGGAAGGAACUCAGGCUCUGCUGACCAGGCUUGGGGAGAAGGGCUACAGGACCUCAGUCAAAAAGGCCCAGAUAUGCCAAAACAAAGUUAUCUAUUUGGGCUACACCCUGGAGGGAGGGCGAAGAUGGCUGACCGAGGCCAGAAAAGAGGCAAUUGUCUCAAUCCCCCCUCCCAAGGGCCCUCAGCAAGUCCGAGAAUUUUUGGUCACGGCUGGCUACUGCCGCCUCUGGAUUCCUGGGUUUGCUGAACUGGCUGCCCCCCUGUAUCCUCUCACUAAGCCGGGAAUUAUGUUCCGAUGGGAGGAAGAACAUCAACAGGCCUUCCAACAAAUUAAGAGAGCAUUGCUCGAGUCACCAGCCCUGGGCCUACCAGAUCUAACUAAGCCCUUCGAACUAUUCGUGGAUGAGAACUCAGGUUUUGCCAAAGGGGUAUUAGUGCAAAAACUGGGGCCCUGGAGGAGGCCGGUGGCCUAUCUAUCCAAGAAAUUGGACCUGGUAGCCACUGGAUGGCCCCCUUGCUUACGCAUGGUGGCCGCUAUUGCAGUCCUGCUCAAGGAUGCGGGUAAACUGACUCUGGGUCAGCCAAUGACUGUGCUAUCCUCCCAUGCGGUGGAAGCCCUAGUCCGGCAGCCCCCAGACAGAUGGCUCUCCAACUCCAGAAUGACUCAUUAUCAGGCCUUGCUGCUAGAUACCAACUGAGUGACUUUCGGCCCCACAGUCUCCCUCAAUCCGGCCACCCUACUACCCCUGCCUGCCUCCUCGGGGGAGCAUGAUUGCCUCCAGAUCCUGGCGGAAGCGCACGGUACCCGUCCAGACCUGACCGAUCAACCAUUAAAGGACUCAGACUAUGUCUGGUUCACGGACGGGAGCAGCUUCCUCGAGGAAGGGACGAGAAGAGCAGGAGCAGCUGUCACCACUGAGUCAGAGGUGGUCUGGGCCUCGCCAUUGCCGGCUGGAACAUCGGCCCAGAGAGCGGAGCUGAUCGCACUCGCCCAGGCCCUCUGGAUGGCAGAAGGUAAGAGACUCACAGUCUAUACUGACAGCAGAUAUGCCUUCGCCACUGCUCAUAUGCAUGGAGAAAUCUACAGACAAAGGGGCCUCCUGACUUCAGAAGGUAAAGGAAUCAAGAAUAAAAAGGAGAUUCUGGAUCUCCUACAAGCACUAUUCCUCCCACGGCAGCUCAGUAUAAUGCACUGUCCAGAGCAUCAAAAGGGGAACACAGCAGUGGCUCGGGGAAACAGGCUGGCUGACCUAACUGCCCGAGCCGCAGCCUCCCAACCACCCAAGGAAGGGCAGCUGAUGCUCCUCAGGGUCACCCGCUGCCUGGCAGAGGCCCUAUGCCCUACACAGGCUUAUACAAAAGAAGACAAACUAGUCAUGCCUACUUCCCAUACCCAAUACAUGCUCAAGUUCCUUCAUGCACUGACCCAUCUAAGCAAGGGCAAAAUGAAGGCCCUACUGGCCGACGAGACUUCUGGGGCUAUACUACUGAACCAGGACCAAAUACUCCAGCAAGUGACCUCUAGCUGUCCAGCAUGCACCCAAGUGAACCCCGGAAAGGCCCACUUAGGCAAGGGAACCCGCCUAAGGGGCCAUCGCCCUGGGACUCAUUGGGAAAUAGAUUUCACAGAGGUAAAGCCCGGACUCUAUGGCUACCGUUACCUCCUGGUUUUUGUGGACACCUUUUCUGGAUGGAUGGAAGCAUUCCCCACCAAGAAGGAAACAGCCAACGUCGUGGCCAAAAAGCUGUUGGAGGACAUUUUUCCCAGAUAUGGGAUGCCCCAGGUAAUGGGGUCCGAUAAUGGGCCUGCCUUCGUCUCCCAGGUAAGUCAGAGGGUGGCCAGAUUGCUGGGGAUUGAUUGGAAGCUUCAUUGUGCAUACCGGCCCCAGAGCUCAGGACAGGUAGAACGAGCUAAUAGAACCAUUAAGGAGACUUUGACCAAAUUAACACUUGCAACUGGCUCUAGAGACUGGGUGCUCCUACUCCCUUUAGCCCUUUACCGGGCCCGGAAUACCCCCGGACCCUAUGGUUUGACUCCCUUUGAAAUUAUAUAUGGGCCCCCCCCACCUAUUGUGAAUUUCCUUCAUCCUGACAUUUCGUCCUUCGCUACCAGCCCUACCUUAGAGGCACACCUCCAGGCCAUCCAGCUGGUACAGAAGGAAGUUUGGAAACCUCUGGCAGCAGCCUACCGAGAGCAACUGGACCACCCAAUAGUCCCUCAUCCCUUCCAGAUCGGGGACUCCGUCUGGGUUCGGCGACACCAGACCAAGAAUUUGGAACCACGGUGGAAGGGACCAUACACCGUCCUGCUGACCACACCAACCGCUCUUAAGGUCGACGGGAUUGCUGCCUGGGUCCACGCCUCCCACGUGAAGGCUGCUAAGGAGAUUGACCCGACCAGCGCCAAGGAGUCCACAUGGAAGGUACAGCGCACUCAAAAUCCACUGAAGAUACUGGUAGCGGGCCUGGACGCUUGGGACAUUGCUCAUUUGAGUCACUCUGACUUCCCGGUUCGCACGGCCCGGUCAAUCAGACCUGGGGGAGGACGAGGCCAUCUCCCACAGAGGGGACCUGGAUGUAUCAAUGCAGACACCCGUUGUUCCUUGUCCACUUAUGACUUUUAUGUCUGUCCCCAUGAUGGCCGCAACCGGAAUGAGGCCCGUAGAUGUGGGGGAUAUGAGGAAUUCUUCUGCAAACAAUGGGGAUCUUCCAAUGCUGUUGGGGAAGAAAGCAACGAAGGGGCUGUUACCCCAGAGGAACGCUUUCCUUGUCGGCUGAAAUGGAGGAUGACUCAGAGUCUCCCAGUCCUGCUAGUGACUCACACCAUGGUCUGUUUACCGCUGCUGAUGCGCCUCUUCUUCAGCAGUCAAGCAGCGAACUGCUCGGUCACUCUGCAGCCUGGCCUGCUGAUUGCUGAGCUGUUGCUGCCACUGCUCCAGAGUUUCUGCCUCUUACGGUCUCUGCUGCUUCUUUUAGCCCCACUAAAAGCAGACAAAGCCACUCGAGAGAAGCCUCUUACUGAGUUUAAUGUUGCAACAGGGGUGGAGGCCGCCCAGGAGGGUGUCUCUCGGCUGAUGCAUCAAGAACUAAAGCUGUCUAGCUAG